GCCCUCAAGGACCGAGACGCGCGCAUCGCGUCGCUCGAGAGCGAGCUGGGCGUGAUGGAGACGGAGUUCCAGCGCGAGCUCGACAAGUUGAGCUCGGCUGAGAGCGAGACGGCGUCGUUCUGGCAGGCCAAGUGCGCCGCGCUCGGCCAGCAGCUGCAGCAGGCCAACACCGAGGUGGGCAUGCUGCGCGCCGAGACGGAGCUGCGCGGCGCCGAGCGCGAGGAGCUGCGCGCGCGCCUGGCCGACGCGCGGCGCGACGUCUACGAGCGCGAUGACGAGAUCCGCGACCUGCGCGGCCAGAUCCGCGGCCUCAAGGAGUGGGUCAGCACCAGCACCCGCUCCGACGGCCAGGCCCAGACUAGCGACGAGGUGUUUGGCGACGGCAUGGCUAGGCUCGGGAACGGGCUCCAGAACUGGGUUUUGGUCAACUUUCGGCGAGCCAAGAUUGACCUAGCCAAAGCCGACGAAGCUACAAUGUCAGAACUCAGCCGCCUGGUCCCCAUGUAUGAAGACCUCGCAUCGACAGCUAAGGUCCACCUAAUCCAGUCCAUGAUUUCGCGCCUGCUCGUGGACCUGGUGUUUAACACCUAUUUCAUCGGCCUGUCCAGCGAGCAGGCCGAGCAAGUCACGGAGGUAGAGAGCUUCCUCGGCUCAUUCGCAUCGUCGCCAGAGACGAUUAACCAAUGGCGGUCUCUGACGCUCACCAUCCUGAAGAAAGCGGCCGGCGAGAAGAUGCAGGCAGAGACGGCCAGCAUCACAGACACGGUCAUGUCACGGGUCAACGACAUGCUGGACGCCAUCACGGACACCCGCGCGGCCGAGCCGCGCGACCAGGGCCUGCGGGCGCUCGUCGGCAGCGCCAUCGAGCUCUCGCAGCUCUUGGCCGUGCAGAAGGCCGUGCUCAAGGUCAGUAUGCCCGAGAUCCUGCCGCACCAGCGCGUCAUGUUCGACGCCUCGACCAUGGAGGACAUUGGCGGCGAGGACGAGGACGGCCUGGCCGAGAGGGACAUUUGUUGCGUCACGUUUCCGGGCAUCAUCAAGAUCGGCGACGAGAGCGGAGGCCACCUGCAGUACAGAAAUGUCAUCACCAAGGCCCGGGUUCUUUGCAGUCCCGAGUGA